AUGGCGGCGAUUACGGAUCGCAAUCUGUCAAUUUCGUCUCGGUUCCAGUUAGCACUGAGUAAAGCACUGAAGCAAAGAUGUGAGGAGUUUACGAUCAUUAUAAACGAAUCCAGUACAAGGGACCUACACACAAUAUUUCCAUUGCUUCUUGAGAGCAUAUUUGGUUUUAAUAACUCACCAGGAUGGGGUCUGAAGACAUUACACAAACAAGCACAAGCCUUGGACUUCUUUUCUCUCAGGAUGUUUCUCGCGCCGAAUGGUCCAUUGAUGUCCAUGGUGUACAAACUUCAGUCAGAUAAUUACUUGAGAUACGAGUUCUUGGUUUCAUGUUUACCAGCCCCAAGUCGACAUGCGAUACAAAGUGGUGUUAUCCCUGUGUUGUAUAGUAACAAAGUAUCAUACCAGACACAGGGAAGACCUUCUAACGUUAUUUCAUUGAAUGCUUUUGAAUAUUUUAUGUUUCACUUUGCAUAUUUCAUCGUCUAUCCAAAGAAUAAGCACUUAAGUAACUGGUCUAAUCCAUCUGAUUGCCUUUAUCCAUCUGUGUUAGAAGACUAUUUGAACUACUUUCUGCCAGCUGACAACAAGAAUGUUUCUUCUCUGGGAAACAACUCCAUAUCGUCUCCAAGCCAUCAAUCUCCGCUACACUCGCCUUACAGCAGCAGGCAGUCUCCCAGCGUUCACACUCCCCACAGCGGCUACUCACAACGAGCUCAUCACUUAACGCAUUCGCCAGCCUUUAGUGGUUUGUUACGUGGUUCCUCCAAUAUACAUUCUCGAACACCGGUCAAUCAGACCACCAUGGCAACGGAUGCCACAACACAUGAGACUUGGAGAUCUGAGACGUUCUCACUGAUUCUAGCCGAGUUCUGGUUGAAUCAGAAUUCGCUCGACACAAGAGAUAGAAGUCUCAGUCAACAGGUUACAGAGAACUUCAUGCCAAGUCAAGAUCAUGUACGUGUUGUUCGUAUGCUAGUAAAACAUUUGCAUUUCUUUGCGAACUCUUUACGGUCAUCGCCAAUCAGUUCGCCUUAUCAGCAACAUAUUGAAACACCACUGGAAGAUCUGAAAAGAAGUGUAAUUCCACAUAUAUUUCAGAAGAAAUUAUAUGCUUUUCUGAGGCAUGGCUUUGACAAGUGGCCACUAGAUGCAUCCUUUAGAUUGAUGUUGGAGAGCUGGCUGAGUUUCAUACAACCAUGGAGGUACACUGAAGAGCGUAAAACAUUAAAUGUGUCAGGUGAUAACAAAGAAGCUAAAGAUAAAGCAGUGUCAGAUCAGUGGGAAGAGUUUAUUAUUGAUAAUUUAUUAUUUUACACAACUCUAUUUAUUGAUUUCCUACCACGUGCCUUCAGACAAGACUUGAGUGCCUCCAAGAAUGCCUACAUGUUGUUUAGAGUGUGUAAAGUUUAUGGUCAAUCUGGCCUAUCAGAAAUGAUAGAAGAAGCUGAAGGCCUACUUUAUGAACAAACAACUCUUGGGGUUGGUCGACAUAUUGGCAAUCCAAUGGGAAGACCCCCUAGUGCGGGAGGAAGUUACCUGUCAUCUCCUAGACCCCCUAGUUGUGCAGUAUUGCGUUUACAGCUAGCUGAGCUGGAAGGUCAAGGGUUUAUGUAUAAGCCAUUGUUCAGCGAAGAGUUACAGGUUUUGAUUGAACAGUUACUUGGUAAGAUACUACAUGCACAGAGCACCUUGAAAUUACUGGGUAAACCUGACCAAGGCCAGUCCAAUGGCGGUGGUUUACUCUCCUUUUUAGGGUUCAGCAGUUUGAUGGAUUACAACAGUCACAGUGCCUUCGGUUCUUACACAAAUGAUAUCGGAUACGAUGAUACAAACCACCCAACAGAUAUCAAGAAAGUAGAGUCGCAUCUACAACAAUCGCUGACAUAUCUACGCAAUAUAUUUAAGGUGGAGGCUCCAAAAAGUAGUGACAGUAGUGUAUCAUGGGGUCCAUCAUCGUCGUCAUCAACAAAUCAGUUACAGAAUGAUCGACCAGAUAUGCCUGACAUGGUGGAUGGACAUUUAUCACCGCUUGGCAGAUAUCAGUUAAUGAAUGGACUGAAGAAAUUUGAGAUUGUUUAUCACGGUGACCCUGAUUUACAGCCAAUUAGAAGUUUUGAGAAUCCAGCUCUUGUUAGAUUUCUGUACAGAGUAUCAUCACAUAUAAAUAAACAGUUUGGAGAUAAGAUUGAAGAAAUGUGUCAAAGGAGCGAUCUAGUCGGACAACUAUCAAAGGAAUUCUUCAGUCCGCCUGCAGUGUCACCAUGGCAACCAACUCACUCUACCCAAAAGUGCAGUCCAAAGUCAGAGCAAGAAGCCCUAGCUAUGAAGCCACGCUUGAGUUUGAGAUUUAUGGCCAGUUAUCAGAAUAUUGGCUAUGUCCUGGCCUUCUUUAUGAUGUGCUAUGUAUACAAUAUCAGUUUUGUCAUGGGCAUAUUUUUGUUAUUAAUCUUUGCACUGUUUUACGAACUUCUCAAAGUCACGUUUUUGUCUCCCGCCUCAUCAAAGCAGAAACGACACUGA